AUGGACAGCGACGACAGCAAUGCUCCGUGUUGGGAGAAUAUUCCGUUCAGCGACUUGACUGUCUGCGAGACAAUCGGUGGCGGUGGAGUCGCACUGGUGCAUCGUGGGAUCUACCGCAAAAACUCGGUCGCCUUGAAGACUCUCUUCGAUCCGCGGGUGGACGAAGCGCUCAAACAGGAAUUCAUGGACGAAUUGCUCGUCAUGAGCAAACUGAGGCAUCCGAAUGUGGUCAACUUGAUCGGAGCAUGCUUAGAGCCGCCCAAUCUGUGCAUGGUGAUGGAACUCUGCGACUUUUCGCUUCAUCACUUGCUCCACGGAACCAAUACGUACUUGAGCUCCCAACAAAUGACUCGUAUCGCCGGAGAGAUUGCAGACGGUAUGCGCUUCUUGCACUCUAGGAGACCUGCGGUUAUCCAUCGUGACCUGAAAAGUGCCAACGUCCUGCUUGACCAAAAAGGUGUAGCCAAGCUCUGCGAUUUUGGUCUCGUACGCACAAAAUUCACGACGGCAGGGACGCCCAGCUACAUGCCGCCUGAACUGCUGAGCGGACAACCGUUCUCCAAAGCUGUGGAUGUCUUCAUGUUCGGAAUUCUUCUAUGGGAGAUUUUCAGCCGCGAUAUUCCGUUUCGAGGCUACGAUGUCUCCGAUAUUAAGAGACGUGUCCUCGCAGGAGAGCGCUUCCGCGUUCCGACAGUGGAUUGCCCGCGCGAGUGUCAGGAAUUAAUGAAGCGAUGUUGGGACGGCGAGCCAAGUUGCCGUCCAACAUUUGAUGAGGUGUGCCAAGUGCUGCGGAAUGUUUCCUUUGCAAGAUCUUUCGAGGCCUCUCAAAGUGUCUUUGAAGGCGACGCGCUCGACUGUCUACUUAACGCGAAGUAG